CUUUAAUUCGAAAAAGGUCAAAACCCACUACACACACAGGCUCCACGUACGACUCACACCUUCUUCUCAAAUGUCGACGCCGAAGCAGGCGGAGAACGGCGGCGAAUGGGAAAGCCAGUCCAGGUUAUACGAGGCUUACAACGAGCUGCACGGACUAGCACAAGAGUUCCAGACACCGUUUGAUGCUCCGGCGGUGCUAGUCGUCGGACAUCAAACAGAUGGUAAGAGCGCCCUCGUGGAAGCCCUAAUGGGAUUCCAAUUCAACCAUGUAGGCGGUGGCACUAAAACCCGUCGUCCUAUUACUCUCCACAUGAGGUUUAACCCUGAAUGUGACUCCCCUCUUUGUCACCUUAUAUCCGAUUCUGAUUCGUGCGUUCCCCAAGAGAAAUCACUCCGAGAAAUUCAGGAAUACAUUGAAGCUGAAAACAUGAGAUUGGAGCGUGAAACUGUUCAAUUUUCUUCAAAGGAGAUAAUCAUUAGAGUGGAAUACAAAUACUGCCCAAAUCUCACCAUUAUAGACACUCCUGGCCUCAUUGCUCCUGCUCCUGGACGAAAAAAUCGAGCUUUACAGGCUCAAUCUCGUGCUGUUGAGUCACUAGUGAGGGCAAAAAUGCAGCAUAAGGAGUUCAUUGUACUAUGCCUUGAAGAUUGUAAUGACUGGAGCAAUGCUACUACUAGGAGGGUAGUAAUGCAAAUUGAUCCUGAACUUUCAAGAACUGUGGUUGUGUCAACUAAGCUUGAUACAAAGAUCCCUCAAUUUGCACGUGCUUCAGAUGUUGAAGUUUUCCUUUCACCACCUGCAUCUGUUCUUGAUGGUUUCAUGCUUGGUGAUUCACCUUUUUUCACUUCUGUGCCUUCUGGAAGAGUUGGAUCAGGACAUGAAUCGGUUUAUAGAUCCAAUGAUGAGUUUAAACAGGCUAUUUCUCUAAGAGAGAUGGAAGAUGUGGCAUCUUUAGAGGAGAAGCUUGGUAGGACAUUAUCAAAGCAAGAAAGAAGCAGAAUAGGAUUGAGCAGCCUUAAGUCAUUCUUGGAAGAAUUGCUGCAAAAAAGGUAUAUGGAUAAUGUUCCUAUGAUCAUUCCUCUUCUUGAAAAAGAGUAUCGUGGUACAACACGAAAGCUAAAUGACAUAAAUCAAGAACUCAGCACUUUAGAUGAAGUCAAACUAAAGGAGAAAGGAAGAUCUUUUCAUGAUCUUUUCCUUACCAAGUUAUCACUGCUAUUGAAAGGGACAGUUGUUGCACCUCCAGAUAAAUUUGGGGAAACACUACAAGAUGAGAGGGUUAAUGGAGGGGCAUUAAUCGGUAUUGAUGGCUCUCAGUUCCCACACAAACUAAUACCUAAUGCAGGUAUGCGUCUAUAUGGAGGUGCACAAUAUCAUCGUGCCAUGGCUGAAUUUAGGUUUGUUGUUGGAGGGAUAAAAUGCCCUGCAAUUACACGUGAAGAAAUUGUAAAUGCAUGUGGGGUCGAAGAUAUUCAUGAUGGAACAAAUUACUCCAGGACUGCAUGUGUCAUCGCUGUUGCAAAAGCUCGUGAUACUUUUGAACCUUUUCUUCAUCAGUUGGGCAGUCGACUUCUUCACAUUCUGAAGAGAUUACUUCCCAUCUCCGUUUAUCUUCUUCAGAAAGAGGGCGAAUUCCUAAGUGGCCAUGAAGUUUUCUUGAGGCGUGUUUCAUCUGCUUUUAAUAACUUUGCUGAAUCCACCGAAAGAUCAUGCCAUGAAAAAUGCAUGGAGGAUUUACUAAGCACCACCCGUUAUGUCACCUGGUCCCUUCACAAUAAGAAUCGAGCUGGAUUACGCCAAUUCUUGGAUUCUUUUGGCACUGACACAAGCACAAGCGUUCAAACAACAGAAACAAGAUUGGCGGAUCUUUUAGACAGCACACUUUGGAACAGGAGACUUGCGCCUUCAUCGGAACGUAUUGUUUAUGCUUUAGUACAACAAAUAUUUCAUGGUAUCAGAGAAUAUUUCUUGGCUUCAGCCGAGUUAAAGUUCAAUUGUUUUUUCUUAAUGCCGGUUGUGGAUAAAUUGCCCGCACUCCUUCGAGAAGAUUUAGAAUCUGCAUUCCAAGAUGAUCUUGAUAAUGUUUUUGAUAUUACUAAUUUGCGACAUUCAUUGGAGCAACGGAAACGAGAAACGGAAAUUGAAAUGAAACGGAUACAAAGGCUUAAAGAUAAAUUCCGAAAGAUUCAUGAGCAACUUAGUUUGCAUCAACAUUGAUUUGUUUUUCAUGAAUCUUGAAAAUAAAAUGGAAUGUCCCUCAUCUUGUCUUUUGAUUGUAGUAUUUUGUGUAUAAAAAUGCAAGAAGGAUGUGAUGCGUACUUGAAUAUUUAUUUGAAACCUGAAUUUUAAUUAAAACAAUAAGUGC